UCACACGUACCUGAAGAAGAAGAAGAAGAGAGCCACAAAUCUGUGGAGUCUCUAGAACUUUUGAGUAGAAGAUGAAGCUUUUCCUUAGAACAGCUCCUCUGAUUGUGAAAUCAAUUCGAAGGGCUUCGUUCGCGUGUUCUGCUGCUUCUGAUCCGAAAUGGGGAGGUCGAAUUUCGAUGGUGCAGGGCGCAUCCAGAGGAAUCGGCCUUGAAUUUGUUAAACAACUGCUGGAAAAUGAUGAUAAAGGACAGGUUAUUGCAACAUGUCGUAAACCCGACGAGGCAACAGGUCUUCUUGAUUUGAAAAAUAAGUUCGCUCAACGACUGGAUCUUUUACAGUUGGAUUUGACCAUUGAGAAAACCAUAGAGGCAUCUGCCAACUCCAUUAGGGAGAAAUAUGGCUCCUUGGACCUUCUCGUUAAUGCAUCAGGCAUUCUUUCGAUUCCCAAUGUGUUGCAACCAGAAACAACAUUAAGCAAAGUAGAGAGGUCAUCCCUGAUGCUUGCUUACGAGGUUAAUGCUGUGGGUCCUAUUCUAGGGAUCAAGCACAUGUGGCCUCUGCUGAAACUUGGAGGAAGUUUUGGGACUGAAAAGGGUGUUGCAGUUGUGGCCAACAUUAGUGCCCGGGUGGGUUCUAUUGGGGAUAAUCGCCUGGGAGGUUGGCAUUCCUAUCGUGCUUCAAAGGCUGCACUUAACCAGUUGACCAGAACUGUAUCGGUGGAAUUUGCUCGAAAGAAAGAUCCAGUAAUAUGCAUUUUGCUGCACCCGGGCACCGUGGACACUGAUCUCUCCAGGCCAUUUCAGCGGAAUGUUCCCACGGGCAAGCUUUUCACCAAAGAGUUUUCAGUGCAGCAGCUCUUGAAGAUUAUUAACAACGCAAAGACCCAUGACAAUGGCAAAUUCUUUGCCUGGGAUGGUCAGGAAAUCCCCUGGUAACAUGGUUAUUUUAUUCUGUGUGCAUAGACUGAAAAUUAUGAGUCUUGCACGUUUCGAGUUUGAAGUUUGCACCCCUCUUAUCACUCUGUCUGGUAGAAGCUAUUUUCCUGUUUAGCUUAUAAUUGAUCCUGAAUGAUUAUUUAUUUAUUUAUAUUAUUUGGCGCAAUUUUUGUA